ACAUCAGAUUUACUUUUUGUUUUUCAACAACUCCGUUUUGGAACAAAUUACAGCCUGUACAAAAUUUGUGUGAUAAUGUCCAAGGCCAAGGAAGAUGCCAGCCAGAUCAUAAUGACGUGCGACUUUGAAAUUAAGGGACAAAUCCCCAAGGAGGCCUUCGAGAUGUUCGCUGCGGCCCAGGCCCAGAUACUGGGAUUGCGCGGCUACAUCGUCCAGGUCUCUGAGGAGUGCUUCAAGGGGCAACUGCAGGGCGAGGGUCGUGUCAUUGAGGCCUUCAAGCAGCUGAUCCUGGCGGCCGCCGAAUACGUGGCCGCCGUCAAGGAGUUCAUCAUCCAGAACCUCAAGGCCAUCGAUGAGUACACAUAUCCGGCCUUCGAAGUGAAGGCCAAGGGGGACAAGUAAAACGACUUUCGGCGGAGAUCUGUGGCAAAGCUAGCAAAGGACCAUCCAGUUGAACUGAGCGAUCCCUGAGGCAUACCUAUGGCGACUACGAUCAUGCCCAAUGCGAGAGUGGACGAUCCAAUGUCCCAGAAUGUUUCUGUUUCAACGACAAUAUACCAUCAAUUAAAACAC